GGGCCGCGCGAGCGCUCGCGGUUCGCUUCGCGCGCGGCUUCAAGCGCCACUUGGUCGAAGAGAGGCGCGCAGAUUGGCGCUGUUUCCUGUAGUGCGCGCAUCUCUCGCGGCUCGAGUCUCGGCACGUUUUGGCGCCGUCACCCCUCGUCGGACAACCGAGGAUACCAACACCGGCGAACCAGCACGCCUCGCGGAGGAUGACGCGCCGCCGUGUCGUUUCGGGCUCCAUCAACUGGCGCUCGUACUGCUGCUGGACAACGCUCGCGCUCUGCCAUGUGAUCGGCUUCGCCGGGCUGUGCGAGUGCCUGCGGCUGGUGCGGCUGGAUAUGCCUAGCGCGGUCAUCAGGGGUGACCCCUUGUGGCUCAACUGCUCGUUCGACCUGGAGUCGGACGACUUGUACUCGGUCAAGUGGUACAAGAACCAUCGCGAGUUCUUCCGCUUUCUUCCGAGCGAGAACCCGCCGGGACAGGCCUACAGGCUGUCGGGAGUCUACGUGGACACAAGCCGGACCUCUGUGGGGAGGCUGUUCCUCAAGGAGACGGACUUGAAGUCGGAGGGCCUCUACGCCUGCGAGGUGUCGGCCGACGCGCCUUCCUUCCAGACAGUGCGUUCCGAAAAGGAGCUCAAAGUAUACGUGCUACCCAAGAAAGGCCCCGAGAUCCGCGGCACAAAGCCUCACUACAGGGUUGGGGACUUGGUCAACGUGACUUGCCACGCGGGGGCAACAAAGCCACCGGCGGUGCUCACGUGGUACAUUAAUGGUGAAGAGGUUCCCCCGCAAUACGAGAAGAUGUAUCCCAUCUUCCGUGACCGGGAGCAGCUGUACCACUCUUCGCUGGGAAUCACCUUUACGGCCGAGCCACGCCACUUCAGCUACGGCAUUAUGAAGCUCAAGUGCACGGCAACAGUGUCCGAGGCCUACUCGCUGUCCAGCGAGGAGAUCGUCGCAGCUCAAGACGCCAAAAACACAGGCACAGACGACGACAAGCCUUCUAUAACAGGUGGGCAGGCGAGCUACCACGUGGGUGACCUUGUGAACGUCACGUGCAGUUAUUCGCGUUACGGGCGUCCCGUCGACCUGCAGUGGCACCUCAACGAUAAAGAGGUGUCGAAUCGGUACCUGGUCCACUACCCGAUGCAACGGCACGACUCCGGCCGCCAGGUGACGUCGCUGGGCCUCCGGUUCACGGUGAGGCCGAGCCACUUCUUGCACGACGAGAUGCGCAUCAAGUGCACGGCCACGCUUCAGAACGGCGGGAGGGGCCCGCCGUCCACGUCGUCCUCGUCGCCCGGCGACGCGUACUCCGAGAAGGAGUUUGUGCUGGGCAGCAGCCAUCGGUCGUCGGGGCUCCACGUCCCGGGACACUACGGCGCCGUUGCUGGCUCGAACACUUCAUCGCGGCCAGUGUCCCUCUCCAUCCUCCUGCGAGGCUCAGCGAUCGCGUUCGUCAUCAUGUGUGUUGUUCGAUGAGCAGCGUGGAUCGAUCGUGAUUGGGAAUUCAGCGGUGUCGUUCGCGCGUCUCCCGUAACACCAUUUGACUCAGUUUGGUUGUCGUCUGCGAUGAUCAAGUAUCAGCGCCCUACCCUUUUUUUUUUCUUUCUUCACCUGCCGACUUCAUUUGUGCUGUUCUUUUGGGACUGAGCAAUGAUGUACAUAAUUCAGUGCCUUUCAUUCACGUCCUUACUCAGAUUGUUGACAAAGAGAGGAUAUGCUAUGCGGUUGUUAUACCGCUCAUGUUUGCGUGUGUGUGUAUGUGUGUAUACGUGUGUGUAAACAAGGUGAAGUGAUGGCGUUGAGUGAAAACACUUACGUAUGAACAACGUUGUCGCAUAGGCUUACGAAGAUUGUACAUUACCAAUGUACUGAAGUAUAGAAGACGGUGUCGUUGACUUGAAUAGACAGAUAUAUAUAUGACGCUCGUUCGUGCGCGAUUGAUAGUGUGGUGUCUCACAGUUUCAGAUACCAUUGUUUGACUAUAGCAGACAAGUCCUUUUAUUCGAGUUCUUUUACGUGUUUUCUCUUUUGGAAGCUUGUGAGGAACAAUUCGCUACACUGGUAAGAAACGGAGGGCUCAUAUUUGCAACAAUUCUUACACUAGAACUGCUUGUAAAAGCGUUGUGAGUUUCACCCCAGCCCCUGUUUAAUCAUGUAAAUAAGAGUGUUUCCAAGGUGUCUCCUUACUAUACUAUUAUUAAAGGAAGUUAGAAAAACCGCCUGGUUUAUCUUUACCCUUUCUGUGUGAAUCAGCCAAUACCGUUGACGCCGAAUGGUCACCGUACAACUAUGAGAGUGCAACAUAUACAGGUGGCAUGUGGCGAAAUUUAUCAGUAGGGUUCAAAUGAAAGAAAUUUAAUUUAUUGUAUGAAUGAACACAAAAGUAAUGAAAAACGUAAGCUGCGGUUCUUUUGGCGUAGGAUUCAGUCAGCAGAUGAACUUUGCAUGUCUAAGAGGUGGGAUUACUCGCCUGUGUGUUCCUUAUUUGAGUGUUCUAAAUAUUAGGGUACAGAGACCAACCUCCUUUCUUUGAAAAACUUCCGGUGAAGAAGUAUGUCUGCGUGUCAUGAGAAGCUAUUAGGGGCAAAACUUCACGCUGUUUGUGUAACCAGUUCACAAUUUCGCAACAACUGAUCUUGGAGAUUUUAAAAGAAAGUCUAAGAACAAGGCGCGUAUGCGCCGUUGGGUGCGCGGUGCAUUUUCGUGUGCUUAUUUUCGUUAUAUUUGUGUCCAAGGACGCGAAAUGCGCAUUCCUGCUUCAAUUAGCCCCUCAAAUAUUUUUUUUACUUGCAGUAUAGUGGUGCUUGCUGCUAUUCGCACCUGCUUGGCUCACGUAUUUAUAAUCGCACUCGCAUACAACGUUUACAGGGAAGCAUUGCGCCCCUAUAGCAGUAACUAGUAAACGAGCACCCUAAGCUGCUCGAAAGAACUUUCAUACAUAGAAAGCUAUGAACAGUCAUUUGUGGGCUUUUAAAUGCCGCCAUAUCGCAGCCUGUUGAAUUAGUGUGUAACAUAACUGAAGAAGAAUAAAAAUGGUGCACAAAUACAUAUCUCAGAGGGACAUGCGAACAAGCGAUUCUACUCGUCCAUCUAUUGGCUGUGUGUGCGUAUAGUAUUCAUGGAUUCUUCACAUUCGAAUAUUUACAAAUAAGUGUUUCAAAGGUGUCUAUUAUGAGCCGCGCAUGACGGGGGCGCAACAUAGCAGUGCAAUUAAUAGCAAACAUAACGAUGAUCUUAGGAACAACGUUGAUGUAGAUCAACAAUCGCUAAGAAUGAAACAAUUCCUACCUUGCUUACAAGUCCCUCAGCAUAUUGUAUACAUGCGAAUAAAUUAUGAUGGUUAUCUCGGCCUGACCAAUCUCUGCUCUUAUGAAACCUCAAGCAGCCUGUAUCAAAAUGACAUUUCUAAGUGAAUUUUUGUUGAGAGCGGCUAUCUUGAAUAAUUAAAAAAAAAAAGGUACAGAUUUUUGAAGAGCACACAGCUGGUGUUUCAGCAACGCCAGGUCUACCAAAUGCAUAAAGCAAUCCGACUAGGGCGAUAACACAGGCGUUAUCGAUAGUAUAUUAUUAAAUGGAAUUGGAGUUCUUCGCCAUUGAUUUUUUCAGUUUUCAGUUGAUAUUCAAUGUCGUUGAAGGUCGCGAGCAUUACGGGUGAUACGAUGAUUCACUGAUUCGGUUCAGUUCUGCUAUCAACAUUCCAAUAUUUGUAGCUACAAACAGACAAGCCCGAAAUACAGUGGAAUCUCGUUUAUACGAUUCUGCAUAAUACGUUUCUUCUGGGUGUUUUUUUUUUUUCCGGGUCAACUUACUGGUAGGAGCAAUGUAUUUUCAUCCGGUUAUUACUAUCGCCUUUUUACCUGAAAUUGGAUAAUGCGACUGCAGAAGUGGACCUUUACUGGUAUUUUUAAAUUCAUAUCUUUGUGUUCCAUUGUGCCAGCUUAAAUAACAUUCCAACGAUCGACGAUCAACGCGUUAACCGCAGCCACACUGGAAGAAAAACGGACGCAGCACGCCGACGGCGCUAAAACGCUGCUGCGGCAGUGCGGCUACACCGACCAGUGGUGCACCGCUGCUCAAUUGAGUGAGCAGACGAGUGGGCAGACGAAUGCGCAGACGAGUGUGCAGACGAGUGUACAGACAAGUGAACAGACGGCUCACUCAGUUGAGUGAGCUUCUUGUGGUGUGAAAGCGUCAAGUUGCUCAUUGAGCGAGAAAUCAGGUGUCCGGUGUCUGUAACCGCGAAACUGCCCCUAAAUUCCCAUUGGCUGCGACACCACCUCACGAGCACGCCUCGACGGAUUUGCGAUUGGCUGCGACUCCACGGUACGAGUGCAGAGCAGAGCGGGCGGAAGGGAACACCUGCUGCCGCAGUAAUGCGCCAGGUGUUGCGUGAGGGGAGAGGGCCUCGCCGCGAAGCCACAUCACCCCCGCUCUCGUUCUCGGAAGCCUGUGUUAUCCCUGCGUUCCUAGACCGCGGAAAUUCUCGCCUCCGUUCUAACUGUGCAUGGGUUAGGCCAAAUCAAAACGCGCCAAGCGUCUCGGUACCCUCGCUUGGCCUGAGGAAUACAUACCUCGCUCGGUAGUGUUCAAUUGGACAUUUAUGCUUUCGCAUUCACAACUCAUAAGAAGUGCUGAGGUGUCCUGAAAUUUUUUUUCUUUGAAAGAACUUCCUUGCGGACGCUGAAAAUAAGGAAGUUCAGCGCAAAUUUCAACGUUGGUUAAUAAAAGUGCAUUAGCUGAGGUUCGUGUGGCGUCGUGUAAUGCUGUUCCGCAUAACUUGUUGUGCGGAAGAGCAUCACUUGACGCCACACGAACCUUUUCUAGUGGGUUUGUCCCCCAGUACGCAUAUUUUCGUACCUUGUUGUCCUUUCUUUGGGUAAUACAAUUUUCGGAUGACACGUUUUAUUUCCCGGUUCCCGUGAAGAUUGUAUCAACGAGUUUCCACUGUACUUAGUUCAACUUCUUUAAAAAAAAUAGCGCUAUAACGAACUAGAAUUCGAGAUCUACAUUACAAAAUGUAGGUCGGCCGAGUGAUAAGAACGGGGCCUGUCGAAACUUACUUCACAAAGCACACUGCAAAUUAAGAAAAUAAAAGUUAAGAAUAAACGUAACGUCGCUAAUCAAGUGCAGAAAAUCAAAAUGGAUGGGCCAGCGUCUAACUUAGCAGACUCGUCACUAGUCAGACAAUCGACCUGUCAAGCAAGCCUUAAGUAGCAGGUGCUAAUUUGGGAGUGGCGACUUCCUCCUGUGGGUUGAACAGUGUGACGUUAUCAAUUGAUGA